CAUAAUCUUAGUGCUAUAAUAGACAACGAGUGUUUUAAUGAGACUAAAAGCUUCUAGCAGUACAGUAAAGAACAUCGAAAAUUUUUAUCGGAUUUUGGUUUGCUAGUGAUCUGCGCCUUUGGUCAAUCCUCUGUAAGUUGAAAAUCACCAUGUUUACGGCAAGUUAUAGAAGAAGUUCACUAAUCUCACAAAAUAUGUGGAUGGUACAAAAUUCAUUGAUUCCAAAAAAUUCGUCUAAUGAGAGAAUGCAGGAAGACUUGGAACCAGUUCAGUUUUGCAACAUAAAGGAAAACAUAUUAAGACUUGAAGAGUUAGCCAAAAGAAAUGGCAUAUCACUGGAAGAUGAUAGAAUUGACAAUCUGGGAGGUAAUUUUUAUGAAGAACCUCGCCACAUUAUCUCUAACAAUAACAUGCAAACGCGACGAGAUUCAUCAGGUACUACGGCCGCGUUCUGGUUUGACGCGGGACGAAGGUUUUCUGGACUCAAACCGGAGCACUUACCCGAAGAAAACCGACUUGCCCAACUUGUUUGUCAGUUCGGUUUAGAGAACGUACAAGAGUUACCUCAAUUACCUACGGACGCCAUUAAACAUUGUUUGUUGACAGUUUGAUGGACAAUGCGACUUACGUUCUGUGACGCACGCACGAUAUGAUAAUAGCUUCAAAAUUAAGAAGAAAGAUGCCAUGUUGGUUUGUUGGUUUAUGAGCGACAGCAGCAUCAUAUUUCGACGCAAGUGUGCGUUUCCGUUUGAAAGCACUCAUGUCUAGAACAAAAACUAGGUCAUUAAAUCAUUUGGACAAUUUCUUAUGAAAGAUAAGCAUUGCAUUAACUUAUUUAUUAAUGACUGAAUAGAAGAUGGAGAACAGAUAAAAAAUAAUCAAAUACAAAGUACUUGACCAAUAUUUUCAAUUUUCUUUUGGUUUAUAUGUUGUCAUAGAGAUGAACUUAGGAAGGAUGCUUGCCUUUGCAACUGUUUUCGUCAUAUCAUUGUACAUGCUUCUACGAUAGACUCCUGCCAAAGCCUGCCUUGAUUCGUAUAAUGUGAGACAUUAAUUGAUAUGGUUAAGGCUCAUAGGCAUUAUUACAAUUUGAGUAGAACGUCGUAAUAGUUUUUCUAAAGUAUAUUAAACGACCUAAGGUAUCCUUUCAUGUUGCUAAAUUUGUAAUAAACUCGCCCACAUCACAUCGGUGGCCACUUGACUUGUGUCGGUGUCUUAUGGAAGUGACGUUUUACUUCACAGUCAAACCUCUUUCACAAUUUUGUGUGUUUCCAUCCUUAUUAAUUUAUUGUGUUUUUGUAAAUUAUCUUGGACAUGUGGCUUAAUCGAACCCCCAAAAUAGAAUUUAUCAAAAAAAUUAGUCCACGCCGGCCAACAUUGAAAUUAAAAGCGAAAUACAAAAGGCAAUAAAAUAUGAACUUGUGCUCUUACUCUUCCGGCUUUUGUAAAGUCAUUUUAUGAUUUUUGAAAAAGAUUAAAACUGCUACGUGCAUUUGGGAUGUAAAGUUCGCCUUGAAUAUUCAUCUGUAGUUAUUUUUGUUACCUCCUACGCCUGCCUGUACUCUUGAUAAUUUGGCUAACUGGAAAUAGCUGAUUGGCUCGCAUCCGUAGGUUCGUGCAAUUAGCCAAUGGGAGAGGGUCUUGGAUGUGUGUCUUAAAAAAGUUUAGCAGGUCAACAUGACGUCAGAAUAGUGACGUUUGGGGGUGUAAAACUUGAAUACAUCUGCUGCUGUAUGUAGGAGUAGAUGCUAUAGCUUGGGGAUUGAGAAGUUUAUUUGUUUCUUUAGUUGUUCUAAAAAGUGUAGGGGCUUUAAAAAAAUAUCUGCUUAUUAUAUGUGGUAAUGUAUUUUGACAAUCCGCUGGUUGGCGUGAUAAAGCGCAAGACAUGGCCACAUUAAAUGAAGCGAAUUCGAUUGAAAAUAAUGUGAACACAAGUUCUGGUGGAUCGAACGAGAAAUGGAAUAUAUUUCGCAAGCCAAAGAAACGAUAUAAAAGUACGCCUGAAUCAUACGGAACAAGCCCUAAAAAGGAACCUGAUUGGCAAAGAAAUCAUAUUUCGGACUCUGGCAGUGUGGAUUUGGACAGAGAGAUGGUUAGAAGAGAUUUGGGGAAGCGUGGAGCAGUUUCACUUGAGGCAGCAAAGCAUAAACCUGUAGCCUUUGCAGUCCGAACCAAUGUAAGCUACGACGCCACGGAAGAGACGGAAUGUCCCGUACCUAGUGCUGUUAUUUCGUUUAAUGUCAGAGAAUAUCUUCACGUAAAAGAGAAAUUUAACGACGAUUGGUGGAUUGGACGAAUUGUUAAGGAAGGGAGUGUUGUUGGUUUUAUUCCAAGUCCUAACAAACUAGACAAUAUUCGAUUGCUUUCUUCGUUGGGCAAAAGUGCUAAAGGAAGCAGGGGAAGUAAUAACGGAGUUCAGCUUGCCGAUAAUACACCAGGCUCACCCGGAGGAAACUCAUAUGAUGGGGAAAAUGUUGUUGAGUAUGAUGAAGAGUAUCCAGGAACUCCAACUAGCCCCACCAGUCAGGCCGGUAAUCGUUUCUCUGUGCCCAGAAGUGGAUCGGGGACGUUGACCUUCCAAAAUAAUACAAAGAAGAAAACCUUCUUUAAAAAGCAAGAACAACAACCUCCCUAUGACGUAGUUCCGGUAAUGAGACCAAUCGUGUUGAUUGGUCCGGCAAUGAAAACCUACGAAGUGACGGACAUGAUGCAGAAAGCCCUGAUUGAUUAUAUAAAACAUCGAUUCGAAGAAAGGAUUAUUUUUUAUCGAUGUAACACGGACAUCGGGAGCAAACGCUCUUCCCUGCCAGGCAAUGGAAAAAAACCGUUGAUGGAAAAGACUAAUAGUAAGCAGUUGCUAAGCGACGUUCAACAAGAAAUUGAUCAUGUUUUUGAGCUUGCAAAAAGCAUGAAUCUUCUUGUUCUUGAGAGUGACAUGAUUAAUCACCCUUCCCAACUUCAGAAGUCAACACUUGCUCCCAUCGUUGUCUAUUUGAAGAUUGCAUCCGCAAAGGUACUUCAGCGUCUGAUAAAGACCAGGGGAAAGUCUCAAACUCGAUACCUUAAUAUUCAGUUAGUUACUGCUGAAAAACUUGCACAAUGUAACGAGGAACUGUUCGAUCUCGUAUUGGAUGAAAAUAAGCUUGAAGACGCCUGUGAGCAUUUGGGUGACUUUCUUCAACAAUACUGGCGGGAAACACAUCCUUUUAUUGAAGGAAACCACUCCAAUCAUGGUCAAUCCAUGCACAGUCCGGAGCAGCAUCGACAAAGCGUCUACCUAUAAUGAAAUAAACCAUUGCCACUUGGUUUGUGUAGCUUUUUUACGAAGUUUCCUGUUGGCUUUUUCCACCUUCAGUCCAUUCCCUUAGGUGAAAACGCUUAAAUUUUUGGCGUGAGAAGUAUUUCGCGUUGAUCUUUAGCGUGGGAUUUGGUAAUCCGUUUCGUCAUGCAGAUACCACCAUUAUAUACUGGUAAAAUGUUGGAUUACACCAAACGUAGAUUGGCGAAAAUCACGAGUUUGUUUAUCAUGGCUAUCGCUCAGAAUCAAGAGCAAGCCAUGAAGACUGCACAUGUAAAGUAAAUAAAUAAAAGUUAUAAGAUAUUUUGUAUAAUCCACACACUUUCCGGAGUGUAUUUCAGACUUACAGUCUAUAUAUAUGUAGUUUGAAGAACAUUAUGUUCCCGAGCAACGUUUGAAGAGUUGUACUGCAAUUUUAUUUACAUGGUGAUAUGGUAUACCUUUGAUGCAGCAACCGUGUAUGUUAACACUAAUUACAUUAAGCAUUGUUAGUACUGGUUGCUCUGGUAACUUAAGUUUACUCAAAGUUUUCGGGCCAUUAAUGGAACGUCUGUAAUUAACUAAUUAACUAGCUUAGCUUAAUUAUUCACUGGUAUACACGAUGGGUCUUAACGUUGCUUGUUAAAGGGAUUUCAUUAUAAAGUAUGUGUGUGAAUGAGAAUACACAAAAUUUCAUCAA